CGGCCGCUGUCGCCCUCCGGCCCGGCGCCCGCAGCCUCAUGGCCCCGUCCCGCCUGCAGCUCGGCCUCCGCGCCGCCUACUCCGGCCUCAGCUCCGUGGCCGGCUUCUCCAUCUUCCUCGUCUGGACGGUGGUCUACAGGCAGCCGGGGACCGCGGCCAUGGGGGGGCUCGCAGGUGUGCUCGCGCUGUGGGUCCUGGUGACCCACGUGAUGUACAUGCAGGAUUACUGGAGGACGUGGCUCAAGGGGCUGCGCGGCUUCUUCUUCGUGGGCGUCCUCUUCUCGGCCGUCUCCGUCGCCACCUUCUGCACCUUCCUCGUGUUGGCCAUCACCCAACACCAGCGCCUCACAGACCCCAACAGUUACUACCUCUCCUGCGUCUGGAGCUUCAUUUCCUUCAAGUGGGCUUUCCUGCUCAGCCUCUACGCCCACCGCUACCGGGCUGACUUUGCCGACAUCAGCAUCCUCAGCGAUUUCUGACCCAGGGGGUGAGGUCUCUGCACCCUGGGGUCCUCAGGACCUGGACUCAGCCUCUGAGACAUUGGGUGGGCCUGCUCUACCCCUUAGGGACCCCAGAACUGCAGCAGAACAUACACACUAGGAGGACUGUGGUCUCCUGGGAAGCUGUCCCGUCCCCUUUGGGGGAGACCUGGGUGCCGUGGAAAGGGGUCCUGCCGUGUUGCUCCUCAUUGGGCUGGCUGGAGGGCAGCUUUAGACCUUUUCAAGUGGAUCUAUUUUCUUAGCACUCAGUGAGGAAUCUUUGUAAGUAGGACCAGGGCAACAUAGGGCCUUGACCUAUGCCUGGGGGCAAGGGGCAGUGGGCAGGUGGCUUGGUCCCUGCUGCCCCAGGAGCUCUCCCUCAGGCCGGGGUGGGAACCUGGGGAGGUCAGAUCAAGUAAUGGAUCUCUAGUAGAGACCUCUCAACUCCCACCCAGCACCUCCAUCCUAUUGUUCCCCCAGGGUCAGGUAGCUUAGCUCAUCGGUCCCAGGAUGGCAACAUUUGGGUCUUUUCCCGAGGCCCGGGGACUUGAGCAGAGAGUUCAGUGUCCCUCUUCCCACCCCAUUCCACCCAGAGCCGGUCUCCCACGCGUGUGCCAGACCAUCAUCUCCUUCACAACACCUGAAGUCCUCCCGCGUACACGUACCGCACCCCCCAGAGCAGGUCUCCCCGAAUGAGGCCAGACUAAGGGUCUUGGGGAAGGUGCUCCUGCCCCCAGAAGGGCUUUGGGGAAGGGGGUGGCACGGCGUAGACUGGAAAGACCCCUCAAGACUGCCAGGGCACCUCCAGCUCUCCAUCUCGGCUCCGCCUCUUCACAUCGGCCCCUCGUGGCCCUAGAUCACCCCAGGCCAGGAGAUGCCUCCCCCACUCCCGCCUUACUCACUGCCCUUCACCUAGAGCUGUUAUCUUUUUUAAUCUCCCUUCUCAAGGACAAAAUCGGCUUUCCUGCCUGUCCCCUGGCCCAAGGGCUCACCUGACUCGGGAGGGAAGGGCUCUCUUGAAGAUCUGUCUGUGUUAGGUUGCCAUUUUGCACGGUCCACUCCUUUCCUACCUGACGUGUCCUCCCCCUCAGCUCUUUGCCUUAUCUGUGUCACUGUCACUUUAGCAGAAAUACAGCGGCCAUUUGUAUCA